UAACUUCUUGAAAAAUCAGGAAACAGCUGCGCGGUGACAUGCUGUCACGCCUUUUAAUGAGAAAAACGGAAGUAUUUUUGUCGCGCCUAUAGGAACACGUUUGGGUAUGGCGUGUUGUCUUUGACGAGUUCUCAGAAGGUCAAUAAACCAAUAAAGAUACUGAUGUUGUAACUUAAUGCAUCGUUUAAAACCUUAGCUACCUGAGAUAUUCCUAAAACUAAAAGACAAUAUUGUUACGCACGGAUGAAGCAAGCGUAUGUGCUGCUGUAUGUGGCAACUACAAUGACGUGCGAUAACCUCCAUUACGAACGCACACCAUGACGUCAUUGUUUAGUUUACUUGCAAUGACGAUUGCACGUGGAAGUCUCGAGAUUUUGACAUAUGCCCCAAGGACAUAUGAUCAACUGCACGUUGAAUGCAGAUCACGGAUUGUAUAUCCGAACUAAACCAGACAUCAACCAGACGACACCGUUGAGCCUACGGCAACGCUGGUAACUCAUUUAACAAUUUCCGAACAAAGGAGCAAUCCAUGGCAAGCAAUUUUAAAGAAGCCUCGAAAACAGAAAGGAUCUUCAUGGCGGCCUCUAUUAAAGAGCGAAAUAAAUCAAUGGUAAACAACAGUCUGCUAAGCGAUGUCACGUUUGUCGUACAAGAUAACUGGAGCAAUAAGGAAAUAACAGUAUACGCUCAUAAAUACGUGCUAUCGAUCGCUAGUCCAGUGUUCUUCGCGAUGUUUUACGGCGCUAUGGCCUCGGAUGGGCCACAACGAAUACGGCUUCCUGACUGCGAUGGUGACAGUUUGAAGGAAUUUCUCAGUUUCGUUUACUGUGACGAGGUACACAUCUCUGAAGAAAACGUAGUGCAGUUGCUGUACUUAGCCAAGAAGUACAUGGUGCCUUCACUGCACGAGAAGACAAGACAGAAGUUACGUAAUAUGAUCAAUGUCGCCAACGUUUUCGACUUCUUGCCGUCGAUUCUUCAACUAGACGAAGACGAGCUCGCUGAGCGAUGCUGGAAGAUCAUCGACUUCGACACAGAGCAGGCAAUAAACUCUGAGGCGUUCUGCGAUAUUGACAGAGAUGUGCUGGAACAACUCCUAGAACGCGACGAGCUAACGAUCAGGGAAGUGGACCUGUUUCGAAGAGUGUUAGACUGGGCUAGGUCACGAGAGAAACCACAGGAAAGAGAAGGCAAAGAAAUCCACAUCCGUGAUGUCCUUGGAGAGAAAGUAAUCCAUCUAAUGCGUUUCCCAACGAUGUCUUUUAUUGAAUUUAACGGGCUGGUUUCAAAUUCCGGGGUACUGACUGAAAACGAACAAGACACGUUGGCUCACUUUUAUCACGGGUUUCGUCAAGAACCCCCCAAGGGAUUCUCUGAGAGGUUCCCUAGGGGUCAAAUGUUCCGAUGUAACAGAUUCUCCUGGGUUUCUCCUCCAGAGGCACCAGUAAUGCCGAUUGAUAAAUCAUUGCAAGACACGCAUAAGAGAUGGAACUACGUGACAGGCUUGGUGGAUAGCGUGACAUUUUCCGUCCAGGUACCCAUCAUCAUUUGCGGCAUACGUCUGUUCGGCAACAAAGAUGCUUCCUAUUAUGUGAAGUUGAGUAUUUUCCAAGUAUCAGGCUCCGUUAGCAUGCCAUUUACAACGGAGGGGAAUUUUCAAAGCGAAGACAUGACAGAGGAAUAUUACGGCUUUGAUGUGCCUGUUUAUCCUCCAUAUUAUUUGAAAAACAACUCUAAUGUUAUAGUGCAAGUUAAGAUGCGCGGACCAGAAUCUUACUUUGGAGUUGGAGGCAAUCUAUCACUGGAUUGCGAGGGAGUGAGAUUUCACUUUCUAAACAAGCGAAGCCCUAAUGGUACAACUGCAAUGAGCGGUCAGUUUGCAGAGAUUUUAUUCAAAACAGAUUUGUAGUCGUUCUUCCUUACUAUAACACACGAAGGACAGUACUGGCCGGAAAUGCAACCCAAACCGAAAUAGUUUCGGUAGCAUCAAUCCUAGAUGAAAGUAGUUGGGACAAACCAUGUUGGAAAUGCCGCGUUUUUCCAGCUAAAAUUUAAGGAAAAAAUAACUGCUUUUCAACAUUGC